AUGUAAACGAUCCGAAUACUAUUUACGAUUUUUAUAGUCUCAUGGUCAUAGUGGGAACUUGUAAGCGAAGAUUUGAUGGGUUUCUCUGUGUCAAGUAAUAAAUGGAAUUAUAGGGACUCUUGUGAUUGGGACAGUGGAACUAUAGGUGGAAGUGGAUCAGUUGAUUAAUGCUCUUCUUAAAAUAUUAUUCAAUAUAUUUAAGUUGGAAGUUAUAAAGUUAGAGCUUAUUACUCUGUUUUGAAUUUGCCUCCACAUUAUGAGGUCAAAGUUAUUGUAGAUGGCUAUUUCUUAGAUUCAACUUCGAGUACCACUUUCACAGUUAAAUAUGAAGUCUAAGGAUCUUCAACUAUUUAUUCAUUAGAAUAUAGGGAUAAUAAAUUAUAAUCAUAUGAUAAAGCUUGUAGAUCAUCUUUCAAUAAGUUUGAAAUACAAACAUUUAUUAUGACAUUUGAUCAUAAUGAUAAUAGUGAGAUUCGAUUCAGAGUGUGUGGAACAAAUUUUAGUAGUAGUAGAAAUUAUGGUGUAAGAAGUUUAUAGAUUUACGUUAAUCCAUGUCAUUGGUCAUGUUUAAAAUGUAGCAGCAAUUCAGCUAGUAAUUGCUUAGCUUGCUUUACAAAUCCAUCUACUACUUUAGGUUCCCCUUCCACUUGUAGUAGUUGUCUACCUAAUAAAGCUUUUAUCGAAUAUAUAGAUGAUACAAAAAGUUGUGUAACUGAAUGCCAUUACUAUCGAGUUCCAGAUUCUAAUAAAGUCUGCUAAUUUAACGAAAGUAUUUAUUUAAAUUGACCCAGAUAUGCUUCCUUAUAUAACAUACUUUGAUACUACAACUUUUAGUUCUACAUCUCCUUGGGUUUUUGUUCCUGACCCAAUUAAUUAUAACUUAGUUUAUUCCUAAAAAAUUAGCUUAAUCCCUUGUGAAACUAGCAAAAACUACGUAGGACCAUUCUUCUCUAAUGAAGCAUUUAGUGUAACCCUAUCUAUCCCUUAUAAUAUAUCCUAUAUAAGAUUUAGAGCAACAAUUGUAAAGCUAAAUGAUUGGGCUGAUUAUUCAGCAGUUCAUGUGCUAUUAGAUAAUAUAGAAUUUGCUUCUGUUUACACAAUAAGUCAAGUACUUACAGGUAGAGAUGCUGAUUAAUUAUAUUCUGAAUUAAUUUGUACACCUCCAACUGUUGGAUAUUUUAGAUUGGAAGCUAAAUUAAAAUCAAACAUCACCAAUCCUGUAUUAUCCUUGUAAGGGUCUAUGGAGUAUAUAUAAAUGUAUAUUCUAAAGUUAGUUUGGCUUAUAAUCAUGGGGCUUUCGAGAUGUUGUUAUGGAUAUUAUGCGAUGUUAAUCAUCAUGUAGUUGGUGUGAUUUUGAUUUGAAAUGUUAUGCUUGUUCAACAGGAUUUCUUUAUAAGAAUAGGUGUGUACCCAGUUGUCCAGUUCACUCAGUCCAAACUACUGGGGUUUGUACAGAUUUUGAUGAGCCAGUAGAUUGUAUGAAUUUUAUACUAAUACUAGAUACAAAAUAUUUAAUUAAAGAGUUUUAUGAUUCAUCAAAUACAACAGAUAUUGAUCUGAACAAUAUUGUAGGGUCAAUAUCAACAAUAGAUGAUGAUUUUUCGACAUCAGAUCACUUUUUAAACACAAAUAUUGAUGUUUACUUUAGUUAUUAUAUGGGAAAAAGGGUAUUUGGAGGUCCGUUAGUUUGGCAUGAAGCUACAUUUACUAAAGCAUACACUUUAAAUCCACAUUAUAAAUUUAGAUUGAAAUUUACAUUAAUUUUAGGAGAUGAAUUAGAUGGAGAUUUUCAAUACACAAUUGGAGGAUAUUCUGAUACUAUAGAUUAUAGCGAAUGUCCACAUACAGCCUCAGAAAUAGGAAGGGAUAGAUAAGAUAAAUACAUUACAAUUGAUAGGACAUUAAAUCAUAAUACUGCAAGUUUUUCUGUUUUAAUGAGAUGCCAUUCAGACGAAUCAAUUGAGGAUGGUUUCUGUAUAGUUUACGAUUAUUUUAUUCUCAUUUAUGAAGUAAAUAAUUAAUACAUAUUAGUGUAUUGAAAGAUGCACUGCUUGCACUGGUCCUACUUGGGCAUAGUGUACUGGAAAAUAAACAUUACCAGUUGGAAUGUCAUCACCAUCAACAUGUGUUGAUAAUACUUAUUAUUUAGAUUAGACAGUUACUCCUGCUGUUUGUCGAACUUGCACUCCAUCUUACUGCUUAGAAUGCAAAAAUUCUUAUAUUUGUACUAAAUGUGCUACUAACUUUUAUUUAUAAAAUGGAAAUUGUUAAUGUUAUCCAUGGACAUAUUUAACAGCUUCUAAUACUUGUGCAAACUGUCAUCCUUUAUGCGGAUCUUGUUAUGGUCCCAACAGUAAUUAGUGUUUAUCUUGCAAUAAUUAUUAACAUCGAUAUUUGAAUAAUAAUAUUUGUCUUUGUUUAAGUAAUUAUUAUGAUGAUGGUGUAAAUUAUAAUUGUUAAUCAAUUUGUGGUGAUAUGAUAGUAACUGAAGGAGAGGAUUGUGAUGAUGGUAAUACAACUAGAUUUGAUGGUUGUAAUAAUUGCAAAUUUGAAUGUUAGAAAGAAUGCCAAACUUGUGUUAAUGGAUAAUGUUCAGUUUGUGCUGUAGGUUACACUCUUUAAAAAACUAUGAAAAGAUGCUUUCCUACAUGUGGAAAUAUUUCUAUUGUUAGUUAAGAAUAAUGUGAGGAUAAUAAUUUGACUCCUUAUGAUGGUUGUUAUAACUGCUAAUUUUAAUGUUAACUCUAAUGCACAAAUUGCAUUUAUGGAAAAUGUUACUAAUGUGAUAAUUCAAUUGGUUAUUAUAUAAAUUUAGCUACUUUUAAAUGUGUUACUUUAUGUGGGGAUUUAAUAGUUGCUGGAGGAGAAAUGUGUGAUGAUGGUAAUAAUAUCCCUUUUGAUGGAUGUAAUAGUUGUGCUUAUUCUUGCGAUUCCUUUUGUGAUUUAUGCAUCUUAGGAAUUUGUACAAAAUGCAAAUAAGGGUUCUAAUUAUUAAACAAAAAUGGGUAAUGUGCUCCAAUUUGUGGAGAUAAAAUUGUUACAUAUUACGAAGGAUGUGACGAUGGUAACAUAAUUAAUUAUGAUGGAUGUGAUUAAUGUUUACUCACUUGUUAAGAAUAGUGUACAUCUUGCAUAUUAGGAAAAUGUUAUGAUUGCAAUACACCUGGAUAUUAAUUAAAUCAAAAACUUAAUAAAUGUACUCCUUUAUGUGGAGAUUAUGUUUUAUCCACAUUAAAUGAAUAAUGUGAUGAUGGCAAUAAUAUAUUUGAAGAUGGAUGUUAUUAAUGUAAAUAUGAAUGUUAAGCUGAAUGUCAAACAUGUGCAGCUGGAAUCUGCUAUAAUUGCAAAUCAAAUUUUUAUCUUAGUUCAGAAAAUAUUUGUCUUCCUGUUUGUGGUGAUGGCAUUAUUACUAAAUUUGAAUCAUGUGAUGAUAAAAACUAUGUUAUAGAGGAUGGAUGUUCUUUAUGUACUUUCUAAUGUGAAAAAACUUGUACUCAAUGCUAUUUUGGCAUCUGUAAAUCAUGUCAAUCUGGAUAUUAUUUAGAUAAAUCGGUUUAGUAAUGUUUUCCUAUUUGUGGUGAUAAAAUCAUAUAAGGAGAUGAGUAAUGUGAUAUUGGAAUCAUUUCUUUUGAUGAUAAUAUUAGAAAUAAUACAGGAUGCAUAAAUUGCAAGCUAUAAUGUUCACCCUAAUGUGAAAUUUGCAUUUAAGGCUAAUGUUUAAAAUGUAAGGAAUCUUUAGGAUGGUAUUUAGAUCAUUAAACAUCUUCUUGCUAUAGUUUAUGUGGAGAUUCAAUUAUUAGUGAUUAUGAAGAAUGUGAGGAUUCUAAUUCUUAAUUAAAUGAUGGAUGCAGUCAAUGUAUGUUUAAAUGUUCACAAGAAUGCUCAAUAUGUAUUUUUGGAUUAUGCUAUCAAUGUAAAUCAGGUUAUACAUUAAUUAAUUAAAAAUGUCUACCUGUUUGUGGUGACGGUAUAAUUGCUGGUAAUGAGGAAUGUGAUACAGGAUUAAUAAAUUUUGAUGGAUAAGAAUGUGUGAAUUGUAAAUUUAAAUGUUCAGAAGGAUGUAAUAAUUGUGUUUAUGGAUUAUGUUUAGAAUGUAAAAAUAAUUAUGGAUGGUAUUUAAAUUUAAAUAAUUAAUGUGAAUCAAAAUGUGGAGAUUUAAUUAUCAAUAAUUAAGAGAAUUGUGAUGAGAAUUCAGAAAAUUGUGAAAAUUGUAAUUUUGUUUGUGAUGAUAAUUGUAAUUAAUGUUAAUUUGGAAUUUGUUAAAGUUGUAUUCUAGGUUAUAAAUUACUAUUAAAUAAAUGUAUUAGUAUUUGUGGAGAUUAAAUAUAAACAAAUAAUGAAGAUUGUGAAAAUGAUGAUAUUAUCCCUUUUGAUGGAUGUUACUUAUGUAAAUUUUAAUGUUAAGAUGAAUGUUAAUAAUGUGUAAAUGGAGAAUGUAUAUCAUGCAAUGAAACUUAUGGAUGGUAUUUAUAAAACAAAAGAUGUGUGACAAAAUGUGGAGAUGGUAUUAUUGCUGGAUUAGAAGAAUGUGAUAUCAAUUUGAAUUUUGAUAAUGGAGAUAUUUCAUUUAAUUAAUGUUUUAAUUGUAAAUUAUCCUGUGUUUAACAUUGUUUAAAUUGUGAUAGAGGAAUUUGUACAUUAUGUUAAAAUGGAUACUUUUUAAAUAAUUUAAAUGAAUGUGAAAAUAUUUGUGGUAAUUAAACUAUUGAAGACUUUGAAGUAUGUGAUGAUGAUAAUCUCAAUGGUUUUGAUGGUUGUUUCUCAUGUUAAUAUGAUUGUUAAUCUCAUUGUUAAGUAUGUGUAAAUGGAUAAUGCAUUUUAUGUGAAGAUGGAUUUCUAUUCGACUAAGAUUCUUUAACAUGUUAAUCUAUAUGUGGAGAUAUGAAAUUAACUUAAUAUGAAGAGUGUGAUGAUGGUAAUGAUAUACCAUAUGAUGGAUGUCAUAAUUGUAAGUAUUCUUGUACUGAAAACUGCGAUAAUUGUGUAGAAGGUGUUUGUUAAAGCUGUUAAUAAGGUUUUUUACUUGCUUUUCCCAAAUGUAUUCCUGAUUGUAAAGAUAUAAUUUAAAUUUAAAAUUAUGAUUAAUGUAACUUAAAAGAAUGUUAAAGUGAAUGUAUAAUUUGUAUAAAAGGAGAUUGUUAUUAAUGCUAAAAUGGAUGGUAUUUAAAUUAAGUAGAAUAUAUUUGUGAAAGUAUGUGUGGAGAUUAAAUUAUAGUUGGUUAAGAAUAAUGUGAAAAUUUCUUAAGUUAUACAAGAGAUGAUUCUUAAUGUAAUAAUUAAUGUUAAUUUGAAUGUCCUUACAAUUGUUAUAGUUGUUCAUUUGGUAUUUGUUAACAAUGUUAAUAAGGAUAUUAUUUGAUAGAAAAUGAAUGUCAUAAUUAUUGUGGUGAUUAUUAAAUUACAAAAUAAGAGUAAUGUGAUGAUGAUAAUAAAUAACCAUUUGAUGGUUGUUUCUAAUGUCGAAUAGAUUGUGAAGAACAAUGUUCUAUAUGUAUUGAUGGAAUAUGUGAAAUGUGUUUAACCGGAUAUGAAAUAAUAGAUGGAAGUUGUUAUUCUAUUUGUGGAGAUGGUAUAAUUACUGUUCAUGAGGAUUGUGAUGAUUUAAAUUCUAUUAAAAAUGAUGGUUGUGAUCAAUGUAAAUUUUAAUGUGAUUAAAAUUGUUAUUUUUGUGAAUUUGGUAAAUGUAUAUUUUGUUCCAUUGGAUAUUAAUUAUUAAAUGGAGUGUGUAUUCCUGUUUGUGGUGAUGGUAUAAUUGCUGGUAAUGAGGAAUGUGAUACAGGAUUAAUAUAUUUUGAUGGAUAUGAAUGUGUUAAUUGUAAAUUUAAAUGUUCGGAAGGAUGCAAUAAUUGUGUUUAUGGAUUAUGUUUAGAAUGUAAAAAUAAUUAUGGAUGGUAUUUAAAUUUAAAUAAUUAAUGUGAAUCAAAAUGUGGAGAUUUAAUUAUCAAUAAUUAAGAGAAUUGUGAUGAGAAUUCAGAAAAUUGUGAAAAUUGUAAUUUUGUUUGUGAUGAUAAUUGUAAUUAAUGUUAAUUUGGAAUUUGUUAAAGUUGUAUUCUAGGUUAUAAAUUACUAUUAAAUAAAUGUAUUAGUAUUUGUGGAGAUUAAAUAUAAACAAAUAAUGAAGAUUGUGAAAAUGAUGAUAUUAUCCCUUUUGAUGGAUGUUACUUAUGUAAAUUUUAAUGUUAAGAUGAAUGUUAAUAAUGUGUAAAUGGAGAAUGUAUAUCAUGCAAUGAAACUUAUGGAUGGUAUUUAUAAAACAAAAGAUGUGUGACAAAAUGUGGAGAUGGUAUUAUUGCUGGAUUAGAAGAAUGUGAUAUCAAUUUGAAUUUUGAUAAUGGAGAUAUUUCAUUUAAUUAAUGUUUUAAUUGUAAAUUAUCCUGUGUUUAACAUUGUUUAAAUUGUGAUAGAGGAAUUUGUACAUUAUGUUAAAAUGGAUACUUUUUAAAUAAUUUAAAUGAAUGUGAAAAUAUUUGUGGUAAUUAAACUAUUGAAGACUUUGAAGUAUGUGAUGAUGAUAAUCUCAAUGGUUUUGAUGGUUGUUUCUCAUGUUAAUAUGAUUGUUAAUCUCAUUGUUAAGUAUGUGUAAAUGGAUAAUGCAUUUUAUGUGAAGAUGGAUUUCUAUUCGACUAAGAUUCUUUAACAUGUUAAUCUAUAUGUGGAGAUAUGAAAUUAACUUAAUAUGAAGAGUGUGAUGAUGGUAAUGAUAUACCAUAUGAUGGAUGUCAUAAUUGUAAGUAUUCUUGUACUGAAAACUGCGAUAAUUGUGUAGAAGGUGUUUGUUAAAGCUGUUAAUAAGGUUUUUUACUUGCUUUUCCCAAAUGUAUUCCUGAUUGUAAAGAUAUAAUUUAAAUUUAAAAUUAUGAUUAAUGUAACUUAAAAGAAUGUUAAAGUGAAUGUAUAAUUUGUAUAAAAGGAGAUUGUUAUUAAUGCUAAAAUGGAUGGUAUUUAAAUUAAGUAGAAUAUAUUUGUGAAAGUAUGUGUGGAGAUUAAAUUAUAGUUGGUUAAGAAUAAUGUGAAAAUUUCUUAAGUUAUACAAGAGAUGAUUCUUAAUGUAAUAAUUAAUGUUAAUUUGAAUGUCCUUACAAUUGUUAUAGUUGUUCAUUUGGUAUUUGUUAACAAUGUUAAUAAGGAUAUUAUUUGAUAGAAAAUGAAUGUCAUAAUUAUUGUGGUGAUUAUUAAAUUACAAAAUAAGAGUAAUGUGAUGAUGAUAAUAAAUAACCAUUUGAUGGUUGUUUCUAAUGUCGAAUAGAUUGUGAAGAACAAUGUUCUAUAUGUAUUGAUGGAAUAUGUGAAAUGUGUUUAACCGGAUAUGAAAUAAUAGAUGGAAGUUGUUAUUCUAUUUGUGGAGAUGGUAUAAUUACUGUUCAUGAGGAUUGUGAUGAUUUAAAUUCUAUUAAAAAUGAUGGUUGUGAUCAAUGUAAAUUUUAAUGUGAUUAAAAUUGUUAUUUUUGUGAAUUUGGUAAAUGUAUAUUUUGUUCCAUUGGAUAUUAAUUAUUAAAUGGAGUGUGUAUUCCUGUUUGUGGUGAUGGUAUAAUUGCUGGUAAUGAGGAAUGUGAUACAGGAUUAAUAUAUUUUGAUGGAUAUGAAUGUGUUAAUUGUAAAUUUAAAUGUUCGGAAGGAUGCAAUAAUUGUGUUUAUGGAUUAUGUUUAGAAUGUAAAAAUAAUUAUGGAUGGUAUUUAAAUUUAAAUAAUUAAUGUGAAUCAAAAUGUGGAGAUUUAAUUAUCAAUAAUUAAGAGAAUUGUGAUGAGAAUUCAGAAAAUUGUGAAAAUUGUAAUUUUGUUUGUGAUGAUAAUUGUAAUUAAUGUUAAUUUGGAAUUUGUUAAAGUUGUAUUCUAGGUUAUAAAUUACUAUUAAAUAAAUGUAUUAGUAUUUGUGGAGAUUAAAUAUAAACAAAUAAUGAAGAUUGUGAAAAUGAUGAUAUUAUCCCUUUUGAUGGAUGUUACUUAUGUAAAUUUUAAUGUUAAGAUGAAUGUUAAUAAUGUGUAAAUGGAGAAUGUAUAUCAUGCAAUGAAACUUAUGGAUGGUAUUUAUAAAACAAAAGAUGUGUGACAAAAUGUGGAGAUGGUAUUAUUGCUGGAUUAGAAGAAUGUGAUAUCAAUUUGAAUUUUGAUAAUGGAGAUAUUUCAUUUAAUUAAUGUUUUAAUUGUAAAUUAUCCUGUGUUUAACAUUGUUUAAAUUGUGAUAGAGGAAUUUGUACAUUAUGUUAAAAUGGAUACUUUUUAAAUAAUUUAAAUGAAUGUGAAAAUAUUUGUGGUAAUUAAACUAUUGAAGACUUUGAAGUAUGUGAUGAUGAUAAUCUCAAUGGUUUUGAUGGUUGUUUCUCAUGUUAAUAUGAUUGUUAAUCUCAUUGUUAAGUAUGUGUAAAUGGAUAAUGCAUUUUAUGUGAAGAUGGAUUUCUAUUCGACUAAGAUUCUUUAACAUGUUAAUCUAUAUGUGGAGAUAUGAAAUUAACUUAAUAUGAAGAGUGUGAUGAUGGUAAUGAUAUACCAUAUGAUGGAUGUCAUAAUUGUAAGUAUUCUUGUACUGAAAACUGCGAUAAUUGUGUAGAAGGUGUUUGUUAAAGCUGUUAAUAAGGUUUUUUACUUGCUUUUCCCAAAUGUAUUCCUGAUUGUAAAGAUAUAAUUUAAAUUUAAAAUUAUGAUUAAUGUAACUUAAAAGAAUGUUAAAGUGAAUGUAUAAUUUGUAUAAAAGGAGAUUGUUAUUAAUGCUAAAAUGGAUGGUAUUUAAAUUAAGUAGAAUAUAUUUGUGAAAGUAUGUGUGGAGAUUAAAUUAUAGUUGGUUAAGAAUAAUGUGAAAAUUUCUUAAGUUAUACAAGAGAUGAUUCUUAAUGUAAUAAUUAAUGUUAAUUUGAAUGUCCUUACAAUUGUUAUAGUUGUUCAUUUGGUAUUUGUUAACAAUGUUAAUAAGGAUAUCAUUUGAUAGAAAAUGAAUGUCAUAAUUAUUGUGGUGAUUAUUAAAUUACAAAGUAAGAGCAAUGUGAUGAUGAUAAUAUAUAACCAUUUGAUGGUUGUUUCUAAUGUCGAAUAGAUUGUGAAGAACAAUGUUCUAUAUGUAUUGAUGGAAUAUGUGAAAUGUGUUUAACCGGAUAUGAAAUAAUAGAUGGAAGUUGUUAUUCUAUUUGUGGAGAUGGUAUAAUUACUGUUCAUGAAGAUUGUGAUGAUUAGAAUUCUAUUAAACAUGAUGGUUGUGAUCAAUGUAAAUUUUAAUGUGAUUAAAAUUGUUAUUUUUGUGAAUUUGGUAAAUGUAUAUUUUGUUCCAAUGGCUUUUAAUUAUAAGGUUAAAAAUGUAAUCCAGUUUGUGGAGAUGGUUUAAUUGUUGGAAAUGAGAAAUGUGAUGAUGGUAAUAUAAUUGAUGAAGAUGGAUGUUUUGAAUGCCAAUAUUCUUGCUAAUAAUAAUGUUAAACUUGUUUAUAUGGAUCAUGUAUCUUAUGUAAUGUAGAAGAAGGUUGGCAUUUAACUUCUUAAGGAGAUUGCUAAACCGUUUGCGGAGAUAAUAAAGCUGCUGGGCUAGAAUAAUGCGAUGAUGGCAAUGAAAUGAAUUAUGAUGGUUGUUACUUAUGUAAAUAUAUUUGCCAAGAUGCUUGUACAAAAUGUGUAAAUGGUUAAUGUUAUGAAUGUAAUACACCAGGUUGGAGAUUAGAAAAUUAUUUUUGUUGGGAAAUAUGCGGAGAUGCACUUAAAGUUGGUAUUGAAGAAUGUGAUGAUGGUAAUGAUAUCCCUUAUGAUGGAUGCUUUGAGUGUAAGACUUAAUGUGAAGAAGCUUGCAAGAUUUGUGCAGAUGGAUAAUGUUAGGAAUGUAUAUUUGGUUGGCUUUUAAAUGAAAAUCAUAGAUGUGAAACAAUUUGUGGAGAUAAAUAUAUAGUACCUAUUUUUGAAGAUUGUGAUGAUGGCAAUCUCUUACCUUAUGAUGGAUGCUAUGAAUGUAAUUAUUAAUGUGUUUAACAUUGUACUGAUUGUAGAAAGGAUAUAUGCUACGAAUGUAAUACUACUGGGUGGACUUAUGAGAAUAAAACUUAACAAUGCAUUCCUAUAUGUGGGGAUGGAGAAAUCAAUGGAUAAGAAUAAUGUGAUGAUGGGAAUAAAAUUGAACUUGAUGGUUGUAGUAAUUCUUGUGAAUAUUAAUGUCAUUUUGCUUGUCUUAAUUGUGAUAAAGGUAGAUGUUUAGAAUGUGAUCGAUAUUUGGGAUUUUUUGAAUUGAAUAAUUAAUGUGCAUCAAAAUGUGGAGAUGGUUUAUGGGAAGAAUAUACUGAGUAAUGUGAUGAUGGCAACCUUAUUAAUUAGGAUGGUUGUGAUAAAAACUGUAAGAUUGAAGUGGAUUGGUAUUGUAAAAAUGAACCAUUACAAAUUAGUAUUUGUAUCUUCAAAAGAUAACCUUGUGUUGAAUUAAAGUUACAAUCAUAAGAAGAGGGAUUAUCUAAAAUAGAAGUGACAUUCUCAACUUAAAUGAUGUAUUAAUAAAACAAUAUCAUGAUUGAAAAUGAAAAUAAUCCCACAAUGACUGACAUGUAGCUUUUCUUAGUCAGAGUUGAUGAAUUAAAUGAAUCAGAUUUUGAAUAUGUUAUAGAACCUGUGGUUGCCAUUUAAGAAUUUCCUUAAGAAGUUAAAUAUAUCAUAGAUUUAAAAAUAUUAAAGAAUGUUUCAAUUGAUUAAAUAAAUGUAAUGGUAAUUGUUGAUAAAAAAUUGAUUAUUACUGAAGAUUUUGUCAAUUUAGAAUAAAAUUCAGGUUAGAUUAAAAUAGCAGUACCUUUUAUUGAAAGUGAACUUUCUAAAAAAGUAGUUGAACUGUUUUCGAAUGCAAAUGAAAUAUCUAUGUAUGCAGCUAUGAGUGUUUCUUUAUUAAGUGUAUUUUCUACAGGUUAUUCAAAUCUUUACAUGACACUUGAUACAAUUUAAUAUCUUUAUUACACAAGAUAUAUUAAUCUAGAGUUUCCUUCAAAUUUACAAAAGAAUAUGGACAAUCUAAAGAAGUCUUCCUUGAAUUCAAUCGUUAAUAAUAAACUUUCUGAAACAGGUUUAUCCAAAAAGAUUACUGCCCAAUCUCAAGAAAAUAAUUAAAAAGAUGAAGGAAUGCCAAAUAAAUUUAAAUAAGAUAAUCUACAGUAUCAAUUUACUUCAAAUAUAAAAACAACUGCUGUCUCCUUAUCAGCAGGUCUGAGCAUCUUCUUAACAACUUUAUCUCUAUCUAAACUACUUCAUUUGAUUCCCCCUCAUAAACUAAAUGGUUUAGGUUCGAUAAUUGGUGGGGGAAUCUUAAAAGUUAGAUAAAAAUGCACUAAGAUAUCUAAUGACUUUGUUUAUUCUGGUGCUAUAAGAUUAAUAACGAUAAAUUUUUAUGAGAUGCAAUUUGCAUCAUUAUUAUAACUAUCAAAUGUUAGUUUUAAUUCAUAUAAUGAUAUAGCAAAUAAUAGUGGGGCUGCUGCCACUCUAGCCUUCACUUUUAUUUUUACUAGUUUACUUAUUCAUAAAAUAAGAUAGAUCUAAACUAAAUAAUCUCUAGCAAUGAAACAUUAUAUUAUAACAUUAUUCUAAUCAGAUGAGAAGAGUCAUUCAAAGUCAACAUGGUAAAUAUAAUAUAAUACAAUAUUGCUUGUGAAAAAAUCAUUUUAUAUGUUAACAAUAGUUUGUUUCUAAAGUUAAGGUCUUUAUUAAACAAUUGGUGUUGCUACAUAAGCUGCAGCAUUUGCAACUUAUUUGGCUGUAUCUUCACCAUUUUCAAAUUAUGAGGAUCAAAUUAAGCAGAUGAUCACAGAAUUAGGAAUGGUUACAAAUACUCUUAGCUUUAUUAUGUACUAUACAUAAGAAUACUUUUCAAUAUCAAAAGAAAGUUUAAAUUAAAUAGGAUGGUUUAAUAUAGGCAUUUUUACAACAGUAUUAACUUCAAAUUUAGCAAUUGAUCUUACUUCUUAAAUUAGAAUAUUUUACAAAAAAGCAAAGAAGAUUUUCAGUAAAUUUAUAUAAGGCUAGAUGCCUACUUAAUCAAGAGUUUAACCAAUUUUUGUUUGA